UAAAAAUGCCAGCUUAAAGGGACAAAAUGGUAACUUCUAAUAGAUAAUCAUGGCCAAAUUAGUCAACUCAAAACCCAAAAUAAUAAAAAAUAAAUUACAUAAAAAGAAACAAAAAUUCCUCAAACACCUAUAAAACACUAUAAAAGAACGCCAUGUAAAAACUCUCUUUUUUUUCCCUCUACAAACAGCACAAGAUCCGAUAAUGGAAGAAGAAACAAUCAUGGCUUCACUGGCCACUCUCACUCUCCCUCAGCUAUCAGAUCUCACAAACUCCGUAUUCUCCCAAACCCAUCACCACCAUCUUCGUCUCUCAGCACUCCUUUCUUCCCCAACUCUUUUCUCUCUCACUCUCCACCGCCUUCACUUCCUCUCUCUUCCCCACAAAACCCUCCUCAUCGCUCGCCACCUCCUCUCCUCCCUCCGCCACCUCACCUUCCAUUUCCAACCCAGCACCACCACCUUAGCCUUCUCUCGCUCCACCGCUAUCAACUGCCGAGACCUCGACGCCGUUUUGCUUCUCCUCUUCCUCUGCGAAGUCAGGCAACACAACCCGGAAGCUCUCCAAACGCCACCGUCCAAAUGGCGCGAAGUUCUCGGCCAGCUUUACGCCGAAAACAUGAUGAGAGUUUCCGGCAUUGGAGUUUACAACGGUACUGCUCUCGUUCCGUUUAUUGAGAUGGUGACGAGGUGUUUGAGGUUUGUGGAUUUGAUGGGUGGCUGUGGAGGAGGAGGAAAGGGCGGGAAAGAAGUUCCUGCGUCGGUGACGGCGGUGGUGGCAUUACCUUCGGUGGAGGUUUCCGGCGACGGAGUUAUUGAGUGUGCAGUAUGUAAGGAGGAGAUGAAGAAAGGGAGAGAUGUUUGCGAAUUGCCUUGUCAGCAUUUGUUUCAUUGGAUGUGUAUUCUUCCAUGGCUGAGGAAAAAGAACACGUGUCCUUGCUGUAGAUUUCAGCUCCCCACCGAUGAUGUUUUCGGAGAGAUCCAAAGGCUGUGGGAAGUCUUGGUUAAGAUUGGUGGAAAGAGUUUGUGAUGCGAAAUGUAGGUAAUUCACAAGGGAGGUUCGUUGAUUGGUACACUUUCAUUUCCAAAUCGUUAGAAUAUGAUUUAAGGAAAAAAAAAAAAAAAAAGUAGGUGAUUAUCAUAAUUAUCAGGAUUGCAUCUGUGUUUACACGUGGCAGAGCUGAUGGAAUGAUCUGGGUGAUGUAUGAGAUGGGUAUCAAGAAGAGGAAUGAAUGGUUGUGAUGAAUGGGUUGUGGAGGAUCACAGAGUUGUUGAUAAAGACAUAUGUGGUUUAUUAGGUUAUAGACAAUCUGAUGAUAUGAAUAUAUGUAAGCCAAAUAAAUGAGGGGAUAUAAUAUUAUUGGUGACAAAUUUUGUUGUGGUCUAUUUCUUGAAAUAAACAUGGCAAUUGACUUUCUUUUGCA